GGGGCGCUGGGAGCCCGAUAGAGUCGGAGGCCAAGUGGGACUCAACACGAUGGAUCCUCAUAGCCAGGUAGAGUUCCCGAAGUUUCCCAGGAGGCGGCGGCAGUGCUGCCAGCGGGGGACGCUGCUCGCACUGCUGGGACUGGUGACCACCGCGAUGUGGGCCGGGCUGCUGACCCUGCUUCUCCUGUGGCACUGGGAGACUGUGCAGAAGCUGAAACAGCUGGAAAAGACCGCGGCCCAGAACGACUUGGAGACUGUGCAGAAGCUGAAACAGCUGGAAAAGACCGCGGCCCAGAACGUCUCUCAGGUUUCCAAGGACUUGGAAAGACACAAGGGGGAGCAGGUGGCCCAGGAAUCCCAGGCUGCCAAGAUGUCGCAGAGCAUGGAGAAAAUCCAAGAUGAGCAGAACAGAAUGAAAUCUCAGGACUCGGAGCUCUCCCGGAACCUGAACGGACUUCGCGAGGACCUGAGCGACCUCCAGUCCCAGGGCUUGAAUGAGAGACGCGCAGCCUUGCACACACUGGACAGGCUCCAGGAGGAAGUGGCGAAGCUGUGGAUAGAGCUACGCGUGUCCAACGCCCGGAGGCCAGGAGCGACUCCAAGAAAGAUGCUGCCACCCACUCUGCCCAUUGUGCCCACCACGGUUCCCGCCAUGGUUCCCACCACAGUGCCUGCCACGGUUCCCGCCACAGUUCCCACCACAGUGCCUGCCACGGUUCCCACCACGGUUCCUACCACGGUUCCCACCACAGUGCCCACCACGGUUCCCACCAUAGUGCCUGCCACGGUUCCCACCACGGUUCCCGCCACGGUUCCCACCACGGUUCCCGCCACGGUUCCCAUCACAGUGCCCACCACGGUUCCCACCACAGUGUCCGCCAUGGUGCCCUCCUCCGCUGUCCCCCUGAGCCUCUCCUCCACCCCAGGCUCCACGUGUAACACGUGCCCCGACGACUGGGUCCAUUUCCAAAAGAAGUGCUACUACUUCGGGGAGGGCCCCAAGCGGUGGAUCCAGGCGCGGUUCGCCUGCAGCAAGCUGCACGGGCGGCUGGUCAGCAUCCACAGCCAGGAGGAGCAGGACUUCCUGACCCGCCACGCCAACAAGAAAGGCUCCUGGAUUGGCCUUCGGGACCUGAACAUAGAAGGGGAGUUUGUCUGGAUGGACCAGAACCCCCUGGACUACAGCAACUGGCAGCCGGGGGAGCCCAACAACGGGGGCCAAGGGGAGGACUGCGUCAUGAUGCGGGCCUCCGGGCACUGGAACGACGCCUUCUGUGGCAGCUACCUGGACGGCUGGGUGUGUGACCGGCUGGUCACGUGCUGACUGCCCACCAGCCACCUCGGCCCCCCUGGGUCCACGGGGAUUUGUCCUGAGUCGUGGACCCUGACAGCCCCCUGCCCGCCCACCAGGAGCGCCCCUCUGUGUCACUCCCCCAUCUCAAACACGGGAACAGCAAGGCCCAUGGCAGGACCCUGAGGACCCCCGCCCAAGGCCUGGACACCUCUUUGGUGGCUGAAGGGUCCUGGUGAUACUUCGUACACCCCAAAUGGAAGCAGCUGACCCAUCCUCAGCUCCUGCCAACGCCCCGGAGGGCUUGUCCCUUGUUCCUCAGGCCAGCUGGCCAUUGCCACCUCCCUGACUUUAAGGGCUUGAGGAUCCCACCUCGAGAACCCCUGCCCACGAGCCUGAAGGCUAGUAGCCCCCUCCUCACUGGGGCACAGCUCCUGGCAGCCCAGCCGUCCAGGGAGUGGCCCCGACCCGUGUGCUUCCUCUGUCGCCCCGACCUGGCCGUCUGCUGGAGUCAGGAGUGAACCCCCACCCGUGCCCUCCCCAGACGCCGCGCGUGUCCGGGCACCACACGACAGAGUCCCCCGCUCAGGCAGCCAGUCCUCCCCACCCGGCCUGCAUCAGUAAGACAGGGCGACGGGGGCCCCUCAGCCUGGCCCCCUCCUCAGGGGCCUGCAGGUGUGGAAGGUGGGAGCUGGGAGGCCCAGGGCCCAGCACGGGGUGGGGACAGGACUGGGCCUCUGGAGCGAAAGAUGGGCUGGACUCCAGGUCACCUGUGCUCUCUAUUCACUGCCCAUCCCUAGAUGUCUGUGUCCCCCAGCUCCCCACCCCGGAACUCCCGGCCAGCGCAAAACUGCCUACCUGAGCCCUCCACACUGUAUUCGAGGCUCCCCUCUACCAGUCACUCAGGCCCGCACUGGGGGCACCCUGGCCACCUCGUUCCCUCACUGCCCCCUCCAAACCCAUAAGGAGAGCCAUGGGCCGUGGUGUCCAGACACAUUCAGAAUCCACCCACUGCCUUGGCGUGGCCCCCAUCCUCACUCCCUCUGGUCUCCCUCUUCACUGCCCCCAAAUCUUCUAGAAGUUUCCUUUCAAUAUAGAGGAAAAGCCAAAGCCUUACAGGGUCCUUUGCGAUCUCAGAACCCCUCCCACGUGCCUUACCUCCCCAACUUCACUUUCUCUUUCUCCUCCCCGCAUCCGGCACCCACCCCAGCCACCUCCCUAUACCUUAAACAUUUAGGCUCACUCCCACCCCAGGGCCUUUGCACAUGCUGCCUCCCCUGCUAGCUCCUCAGUGAGGCCUAUCCUGAGCUCUCCCUCCCUCCCAUUUAAAAUGACAGCCCUGACUCCCAGUCCGUUUUACUCCUCUGUACUCUCCCACCACGGCACCCUUCUCCUUCCGACAAGAUGUGUAAUUCACUGGUCUGUUCACUGCCUGUGUCCACGGGUUAGAAUGCAAGCUUCAGGAGGGCAGGUGCCUGCCUUUGUUUGGUUCUCAGCUGUCCCCAGCGCCUGGCACACAGUAGGCGCUCAAUAAAUAUUUGUUGAAUUAAUUAA